AUGACAGCACUCUACUGGAUAAUGAACAACGGUGAGUGGAAACAAUUCGUCCGCCACAGAGUAAAUGAAAUCCUGAAAUUAACAAACAAGGAGGAUUGGGGACAUUGUCCUGGGGUGGAAAAUCCCGCGGAUAUAGGGUCUAGGGGUGUAGUUGCUUCACAAUUGAAGGAUAACAAGCUAUGGUGGGUGGGGCCUGAUUGGCUUAUUAGGUCUAAGGAGGAGUGGCCGAAAUUUGAGGCUGCUGCCAAAACAAGUACGGUCUUAGAAGAAGAACGAAAGUCUUCCGUAAUGGUCGUAGCUAGUAGUAAAGAGUUAGCUAGUAUAAGCAAAGUGAUAAAUCUGGAGGAUUAUGGGACAGCGGAACGACUUUUCAGAGUAACAGCAUGGGUACUUAGGUUUGGGUUCAAUGCACGAGCAAAGUCUAAGGGCAUGGAAAAGCGCUGUGGAGAAUUGACAGUAGAGGAGCUUGACGAGGCGGAAAAUAGAUGGAUUAAACAGGCUCAGGCAGAGUUAAAGGAGGCUAAAAAGUACGCCCAGAUUAGUAACAGUCUAGGCUUGAUGGAAGAAGGAGGUAUCAUAAGAUGUAAGGGUAGACUGCGUAACUCUGAGCUAGAGUACAACACGAAACACCCAAUCAUUAUUCCCAAGGAUAAUAGAUUAACUGAGCUGAUUGUCAGAAAAUGUCACAGUGAAGUGCACCAUUGUGGGGUUAGGGCAACCUUGGGCAGGCUAAGGACGAAAUAUUGGGUCGUGAAGGGAAGGCAAAUGGUAAAGCGAGUUAUAGGUAAAUGCGUCACCUGUAAGAAAUUAGAAGAAAGGGCAUAUGGGGGGAGACAGAUGGCAGACUUACCAGGCUUUCGAGUGAAGGAAGCUGCUCCUUUUUCUAAUGUGGGAGUAGAUUUUGCAGGUCCAUUGUUUGUUAGGUGUUGCACCAAGGCAUCCAAGAAGGCGUAUAUCGCAUUAUUUUCCUGUUGUGUGACUCGAGCAAUACAUUUAGAGCUAGUGCGUGAUUUGUCUGCGGAGACAUUUCUGUGUUGCAUGAGAAGAUUUGCAGCGAGGAGAGGAAUGCCGAGCCUAAUAGUGUCAGACAACGCCAAGACGUUUAAGGCAGCAGAGAGAGCAAUAAAGAAGUUGUUUAAUCAACCUAAAGUAAAAGCAGAAUUAUUAACGAAGCGAGUAACUUGGAGGUUUAACUUAGAAAGGUCGCCUUGGUGGGGAGGGUUUUUCGAGCGAAUGGUUAGGAGUGUUAAACGAUGCCUCAGGAAGGUUUUAGGCAAUGCCAAAUUAACAGUAGAUGAACUUAACACAGUAUUAGUAGAGAUAGAAGGCACAUUAAAUUCCAGACCAUUGACAGAAGAAUAUGAAGAAUUCGAAGGCGAUGUAUUAACGCCAUCACACUUAAUUUACGGAAGAGCAAUUAAUUUCAUACAACGGAGGGAGGUAGCUAGGGAGGAAAGUAGUUGUGGAGAAAGAUUCAAAUAUAUUACAUUGAAAUUACAACAUUUCUGGACCAGAUGGCAAAGUGAGUAUCUCAUAGGGUUACGAGAAUUUCAUAAAAGUGGUAAUCGAAAGGCAAGAAGUUUGAAGGAGGGCGAAGUAGUUGUAGUUUAUGGAGAAGGAGAGAAGCGAGGCAAGUGGAAACUAGGGAAGGUAGAACAGCUAAUUUUAGGAAAUGACAGCAAGGUUAGGGGAGCUAAGUUAAGAAUAGCAGGAAAGGGUAAACCAGUUUACCUGAAAAGACCGGUGCAGAAACUUUACCCGUUGGAAAUUCAAGCUCGACCGGGUGGGAACGGGACGGAAGGGAAUUCCCCUUCAGGUGAGGCAGAGGGUUCCUUGCAUGAUCUGCAUGAGCGUCCGAGACGAGCUGCUGCUGAGAUUUCAAAAGCGAAGACAAGGGCGAUGCUUGAUUCAUAG